AGCAAACGAAAAGCAUCUAGAGAAUUCUAGAGUCAGCAUAUCAUACGGAAUAUCCGCUGUCAUUCCGUAUCGCCAGUAACUGAUCCUUUAUCAACUUGAUGGCCAAGAAUAAAAUCUUGUCUCCUAAAUUACAUUCAAAGUGGUUUUGCUACUUGCAAGGAAUUUCAAAACCAAAAACCCAAAUUUUAACUUAGAGCUGCCCACUAAUUUCUAUCAACUUAACCAUAAUACUAAACAAAUAUAAAAUAUUUUAGAAUGACCGAAAAUAAAUCAAAAACUGUAAGAUGGUUGAAGAGUGUAUGAGGAAACCAAUAUAGAAACUAUUGCUGAAGAAAAGGAAAGUAAACAAAUACAGCCAGUUGACAGAGAUGAAACGAACGCGUAAGCUAAAAUACGUUCAAUUAAACCUAAUAAAUAUAAGUUCAUGUGGAUAAUGCGCGUUUUGAAUUUGUAGAAGAGAGGGGAGGGGGGGACUUAAACCUCUAUAUUGAUGUGCACUGGGCCGCGGAAAGUAAUUAUGGUAUAACAUUAAAAGUCAUUUAUAAGUCUAAGUCACAUGCGCUGUGACAAAAUCAACCCAAAAUUGUCAUUUGGGUUGGAAAAGCUUUCUUGCCGAAUGAGUACCUACAUCUAUGCAUAUUUAAGUGCAAUGUGUAUUUUGAAGUUAAAUGGCUUUUCCCGUUAUGAUCAAGAUAUACCUAAAUCAUUAUUUAUGCACUUUUAUUACGUUAGGAAGAAGACCAGUAGCGUUAUCUUGAUGGCCAAAACACGAAUUUCACGAAUAUUUUACCCUGAAAAUUGCAAUAGAAUGUACCGCAAAAAAGGAAAAAAAUGAGCCGGAUUAAAAGUCUGGUUCCGAAUGGCAAAAAAUUCCCCAACUGAAAAUCGUAUGCGAUUUUUCGCAUCUUGUUUGCAAUGUAACACACUUCCGCUGAAAAUAACCCAUCUUCUGUAUCAUCGUUACCAAACAAUUAUAACACUUUUUCGAUCAGUUUCCGAACCAUUUAGGUGCAAGAUGUACGAUAUAUGACAAAAAAUAGAAGUCUGAAAUAUCUGAGGAAUUUCAAUAAAUUAUUCCCAAUCUCAGACCAUUCACCUGAACGAGAUCGAGAACUUGAACUAUAAAAUUGUUAUCUUUUUUAUCCCAGUUCAAAACACGUUUGCUUUGCAAGACUUGUUUAGUAGGAACACCCGCCGUUUGGAAGAAGCUAUAAAUGUUGAUGUUCUUCAGAUAAAAAAUUAGUUUCUGUUUUCGCGGUGAAAAUGUUUCGCUAUGCUUGGAUAGUCAUCAUUUUAAUCGUGCUACCCAAUUUAAAUUACGCCGAAGUCGGUAAAGAUAAAGAGAAGGAGGAGUACGCCGAGUCUGAUAAGGUAAACCAUGAGGUAGAUCUUUUCAACCGCCCCGGCCAGUAUCCCGGAGGUGGUAAUUAUCCACCGGGCGGGGGCGGUCCUGCACAAUUUCCUGGUGGCGGGAGUGCUGGAUAUUAUCCUGGAGGAGGUGGCGGCGGAGGGGGAUUUUAUCCCGGCCCAGGAGGGGGUGGAAACUAUCCGGGAGGUGGUCCUCCAGGUGGGGGAUUUUUCCCAGGUGGCGGUGGACAUCCUGGUGGAGCUCCUUAUCCGGGCGGCGGUCCCUAUCCUGGCGGUCCUUAUCCUGGAGGUGGUGAAUACGGUUGUUAUUGCCCGUGUGCUGAUGGUCACUACCCCGGCGCGGGGCAGAAGCCACCCGGAGGUAACAGACCAGGUGGAAAUCGACCGGGCAUACAAGGGCGUUAAAUCAUGCUAAAGCGAAUUUUAUUGUGCUAAAUUGUAAACAUUGUGAUUCAAUUUGGUAUAUGUAGUGUAGGUAUAAUAAAAAGUUACUAUCCCGAA